AUGCGAACGAUAGUUGGAGUUUUGUUGCUCAUUUCUCGCUUAAAUGAAUGGGCAGGCGCUGAUUCUUGCGCUUAUACAAAAUGGAUGGAGGAAGGAAAAAAUAAAUCAAUGGAAGCUCUCUCUUCCAAGGGUGGAGAGGAAUUUUUUGAAAGUGAUAAGAAGUGGAUAUUUUGUGAUGAGUUGGAACGAAGACGGCGGAAUGUUUCCUUUUAUUGGAACUGCAGCAACGAAAAAACUCUAAAUGAAUUGGUUGAGGAUCACGAGUCUUUACGAAAUGAAGUGGUUAAGGGAGACUUGUGCAACGAAACAAUAACUACCGAAACGAAGAUACAGGUGAAAAAUGUUACGGAUUUGCAAACUGAGCUUGACAAAAAGAAAGCUGAUACAGAGCUCCUCAAACUGAACCACACAACGAAGACGAACGCAAGUAAUGAAUGCAAGCAAUUGCUCACAAAAUUAAAGAAUUCGAAUGCAACCGUUACAACCCUUGAAGCCUACAAUCGCGAAAAAGAAAACAAAAUAAAGAGGAAGAACCAACAGUGCAACAGCGACAUUAAGGAAAUCACUGCUCCUCUAGAGGUAGCAUUGGAAAAAAAAGCUGCACUUCUCAACCAUUUAAAACAACAAGUAAAGACAGUAACACAGGAGCUACAGGAGGAAAUGAACAAAAACAGCUGCACCGCUUGCUCUGCUGAAACAUGUUACAACACUCCCAGUGUAAAGGCGGAACUCGACAACAAGUAUCUUGAAAACUCAUGGCUCAAUCUUACUGCGGCACAGAGAGAGCAAUGCCUUCUCGAUGAUGCAAUGUUGCUACCAAUGUUAUCUUACAUGAGGAGGAAACCCUUUGAUGGUGCUUAUGCUUAUAACCGAAAUGUAGAUAUGAUGGAAAAAUUAUUUGCACUUGUAAUUUCAUUUUUAUGCUUUUUUCUUUAA